UUCUAAAUAGCUGUUCAACUCCAACAUGUUGUUUUUUCCUCUUUUUAAAAAUAAAAAAUAAAUAUAUAAACCAAAAAAAGAAAAAAACACAACAAAAGAAACUCGGUUCAUGCUCUUUUCGACGAAGAGAGGCUCUCGAUUCAGAUCAAUCAAAUCACAAAACAAAACUCCCUCCGUCGAAAUCACCAAAACCCACGUCGAAAAAUUUCAACAUAAUCACUGAAAAACAAAAAAAACCCAUCUCGUAAUCUCACCUCUUUUGCAAAUCUCUCAAGACUUAUUUCUGACCUCUCUUUGCACGCAUUCCAAAUUCCCCGUGAAGCCGAGGAAAUUAAUAAUGGACGUAAAAAUUUUGGCGUUAAUAAUGUCUGUAUUAAAUUUAUUUAACAUGCAGUGAUUGGAUUGGACACGUGCGUCAGAGACAAGUUUUCGUAAUGGCGAAUCAGGUGGUGAAGGUGAGGAGGGAAACGAUCGAGGCAUGCAUGACUUGCCCUCUCUGUCAUAAACUCUUCAGAGACGCCACCACCAUAUCCGAAUGCCUCCAUACGUUUUGCAGGAAAUGCAUUUACGAUAAGAUCUCUGAUGAUGAAUUAGAGAACUGCCCGAUAUGCAAUAUCGAUCUGGGUUGCGUUCCAUUAGAGAAAUUGAGGCCGGACCACAAUGUGCAAGAUCUUAGAGCAAAAGUUUUUCCUAUUAAAGGAAGAAAAGUUAACGCACCUGAAGUUGUGGCGGCAGUUACACUACCAGUGAGAAGAAAGGAAAGAUCACUCUCCUCACUGGUUGUCAGCACUCCAAGAGUAUCUGCCCAUGCCACCAUGACUGGGAGAAGAACGAAAGCAGUCGCUAGAAAGGCUUCUGCUUUACGAGGCUCCAGUUUUGCGAUUGAAAAGCACAUUAAGAAAGAAGAAGACGAUUCUGCGGAUGAGCAUCCAGAGAGCUCAAGUUCACCUGAGAAUUCAAAUAAGUUCUCUCAGAAUACUAGGCAGAGUACUUUCCCUGCCGAGCCUAGCCAAGCAAAACCAAGUACUAAUAAAGAAACUGAGAAUGGUGCUGAACACUGGGAAGGAAAAACAGACCUAUGGAAACCUUUGAAUUGUUUGGUGGAAGUGGCAAAUAGGACCAAGUCUUUAAAGUCCAAUUCACAAGGGUCUGAUAAUAAGGUCGAACCUACACAAGAUGCUGACAAUGAACAUCAAUUGCGCAGACCAAAAAUGAAGGAAAAUAAACGGAAGUCGAAGGUUGAGGAUGAAAAGAAUAUUGAUCCUGUCUCGUCAGAACCCGCGCAACCCAAAAAAUUGCGCAGGGUCCGCCGGAAAAGAGAAGCUGCUUUUGGUGAAUCAAGGAUUUCACCUCAAGCUGUGCUGGAUGCUGCUAGUGGCAAGCAUGACAGAAGAAUUGGCCCAAUCUGGUUUUCCCUUGUAGCUUCUAAAGACCAGGGAGGAAGUGCACCUUUGCCUCAAAUUCCAGCGAACUACUUGAGAAUAAAGAAUGGAAAUUUACCUGUUUCAUUUAUCCAAAAGUACCUGAUGAUGAAAUUAGAUCUAACUGGUGAAUCUGAGGUCGAGAUAAAAUGUAUGGGACGACCAGUGGUUCCCACUCUGCAGCUCUAUAACUUAGUUGAUCUCUGGCUACAAACAGCAUCAACAUCGGAACGAAUUCCGGCGACUAUUGGAUCCUCAGCAAAGGAUUUUGUUAUGGUGCUGGUGUAUGCUCGAAAGGCCCCCGAAUCUUAGCCAUAGUUUCCUCCAAUCUGUUGCCAGCCAACAGAUUGUCCUUUUCAUGAUCCAAAUUGCACCUCAUGAGUAUGCAUUCUGUGAUGAGUUUCCUCAAAUUAUAAAUUUUGUCAUCAUCACAUGUAGCAAUCUGCAUGGAGGAAUAUGAGAACAUGAGCAGCUGGCAGACCAACAAGCCACUCGAUAGUGGCUCCUUUUCGCGGCGUGGCAACUUAUCCCGGCACCCCUCGUACUAUCUUUCUAUGUUCAAGUGUAUUUUUACUGCCCCAUCCACUUGAGGAUUAUUUGACACCUUGUAAUGAGUAACAUGUGACUGAAACACAGUUUUUCUAGCGGCAUGUUGUGCACCUUGCAUGUAACAAUAUGUAGUUCUUAUUACAACUUAUAGUAAUCCCCUCAUCCCUGUAUUUAGUUAUGUGAAAAGGCUUGCGCUUCACCCUCGUCAUUUUUAGGUCUUUGGUACGAUAAUGCUGCUCUGUUGUUCUGCAUUACAGUGAUUUUUAAUGUAGCAGCCACAGAUUUUUUA